UCCUAAAUCCAUUGACCACAUCAUUACAAGAAUCAUUCAUCCUUAUGGCUUUCCCAAUGUACUUAUAUUAUUGCUUCCCUUUACACAUACAUGCUAGGUACUCAAUGCUAAUCACAUUUAUUAAAGCCUAUAAAUUUUAAUAACACGCACAAAGAGCAAUCAAUCUCAUUCCUAAAAUCAUCAACAAAGUUUAGACUUUUAAAUCAUCAACAAGGGUGAUCAUCAUCUUCUUUUGAUGCAUACAAAUUCAGUUUGAGUGAUGUGGUAAAUCUUAAUGGCAAAGAGGAAGAGCUUGUUUGGAUGGGUGAAAAGCCUAUUCCUUUCUGAGUCAAAGGACAAAAACCAGAAGAAAUGGGGAUGGAGAUUAGGAAGGAUUAAACAGAAGCAGUACCCUACGAUAACAGCUUCGAAAAGGACAUUGAUUGAAGCAAAUGCAGAACAAAGAAAGCAUGCUUUAGCAGUGGCUAUUGCAACAGCAUCUGCUGCAGAGGCUGCAAUCGCUGCUGCACAUGCUGCUGCUGAGGUUGUCAAGCUCACGGGCGGUGCCUCUCGUUCGUAUUCAUAUCUUUCCCAGGGAAACAGAAGUUUGGCUGCCAUCAAGAUUCAAAGCGUUUAUCGUGCACAUCUCGCUAGAAAAGCAUUAAGAGCAUUGAAGGGGGUUAUAAGACUACAGGCCAUAAUUCGCGGUCAAGCUGUUAGGCGUCAAGUGUCCCGAUCUUUGAAGAAUGUUCCCUCAAAUGCAAAAAUUCAGAAGGAAAAUCAGGACAGAAACAGCCAUACUGAAGAAGAAAACAAUAAAAAUGGUCAGAUAAAACAGUUUCCAAAGGAAAAGAAAAAGUUAGAAGAGAAUGACCUUAAGGCUGAAUGCUAUAGUCAAAGAACAUGGAAUUGUAGCUCACACUCAAGAGAAGACAUUGAAGCUAUAUGGUUAAGAAAGCAAGAGGCUAUUGUCAAAAGAGACCGCAUGAGACAAUACUCAUCUUCACAAAAGGAGAGAACAUUUUCUCAAAGGGCGGAAGAAAUCGGAGGAGAUAGCUGUCGUACUUUAGGAGAGUGGUUACAUAAAGAAAUAAGUGAUUGGGAUGUUCUUUAUAAACCAUCUCAUCUUUCAAAUAUUACAAUAAAAAAUGAAGUGCAAGAAGAAUUGGGUUCAAAAAUGUCAGUCCAAAGAAAAUCAUUCUCUCAUGUAAAAAGAAGUUCAAUUGGAGAUGAGAGUUCCAUGCCAAAUUCUCCUGUUUUUCCUAAAUACAUGUCUGUGACUGAAUCUAGCAAAGCAAAAGUAAGGUCUAUGAGCACACCAAGAGUAAGAGCAGGAUUUUUGGAUAUGUGUUCCUAUCAGAAUGAGCACCAAUGCAUGAAUUUAUGAUUUAUGAAGUCAUUCAAAGGGUGUAUAGAGGAAAACUUAACAAAGUUCAUUUCAUGCUUGGUUUUGGAGAGGAGAAAUGUUAGUAUUGAGUACAUAAUACAAGUUUAAAAUGUGUAUAUCUUGUUUUUAUCUAAUUUGUUAUUUUGAGUUUGUUGUUGUUGAAGAUUUCAAGUUGAUAAUAUGAUAAAACAAUUAUUGAUCUUAUUGAAGAAAU